GAGGCUUCGUUCCCCCAACACACCUCUCUCGCUCUCGAUUGGACGUCCGGAUCUACACAAGGGAAGGCACCGUGUUCGCUCGUCCAAUGGCAAGCGGACCUCUCCCGGAAAAACGUGCUCUUCUGUGCCACGGUCCGACUAGCUACACCAUCCUUUUCCUUUUUGGUCCCAGAGAAACAGAUUUCCCCUUCCCAGUCUUCAGGCAAAGUUGCCGGGAUGUCGGCCGCGAUAACGAAGAAGGAGUCGGAGCUCUCUGGUCAGAUCGAGGAUUUUGUGGCGCUCCUGAAGCGAGGUGGGAAGCGGCCGCGCUCGGAGGAGGCUGCUCGGCAAACGGUGGGGCUGUUGCGGAGGAUCGUGGCGAACGGGCGCUGGGAUAAUGCGGGAGAGCUCAUGGAAUUGAUACGUAAGGAGGGCAAGAGAAUGACUGCUGCCCAACCGUCUGAGACCACGGUGGGUAACAUGGUGAGACGAGUGCUGAAGAUAAUUCGUGAAGAGUACGGCAGGCUCCGAGGACGCAGUGAAGAGGGAGACCAGCAAGAGUCACUGCACAAACUUCUGACCUCAGGAGGUCUCAAUGAGGAUUUCAACACCUACUAUGCCCCACUUAGGGCCAACAUCAUUGAAGCUAUUAGUGAGCUGUUGAUUGAACUAGAGGGAACAACUGACAACAUUGCAAUGCAGGCACUAGAGCACAUUCACUCCAAUGAGGUGAUCAUGACCAUUGGCUACUCUCGCACAGUGGAGGCCUUCCUGAAGGAGGCAGCUCGCAAAAGGAAAUUCCAUGUCAUUGUGGCUGAAUGUGCACCAUUUUGCCAGGGUCAUGAAAUGGCCGUCCGUUUAUCUAAAGAGAAUAUAGAAACCACAGUCAUGAGUGAUGCAGCUAUCUUUGCUGUCAUGUCUCGUGUUAACAAGGUUAUUAUUGGAACAAAGACUAUUCUGGCCAAUGGUGCUUUAAUAGCUGUCAGUGGGACACAUACGAUGGCAUUGGCAGCCAAACAUCACUCCACCCCUCUCAUUGUCUGUGCACCGAUGUUUAAGUUGACACCACAGUUCCUUAACGAAGAUGACUCAUUCCACAAGUUUGUCUCUCCACAGGAAGUGCUGCCUUUCACAGAAGGAGAGAUACUGUCUAAGGUUAACGUUUACUGUCCUGUCUUUGACUAUGUUCCUCCAGAACUUAUCACCCUCUUCAUUUCAAACAUUGGAGGCAAUGCCCCUUCCUACAUCUAUCGUCUCAUGAGCGAGCUGUACCACCCAGAUGACCGUGAACUUUAAACUAUGGACAUAAUUUAUAUCACAAAAUAUUUUGUUAUCCUUAUGGAAAUAAAAUAUUUUAUUUAUCCUUAUGGCUAAAUAAAACCUUGAACUCCAGAA